AUGGCCCAGAACGUGGUCUAUGCUGACCUGAAGUUUGCUGAGGGGUCCCCAUCCACGGUCCCCGAUGAGGACGACAGCCCCUAUGAGAACGUGCUGCCAGGGCCAGUGACGGCAGUGCCCAGCCCAGAGCACUCUCCCCGGCGAUGGCACAUCCCCAAAGCGCUGCUGCCAGCCAGCCUGGUCCUGCUCCUGCUGCUGCUGGUGACCAUCGUGGCCCUGGGGGCUUGCUACUGGCAGGUCACCCGCAACCUGCAGGAAACCUCCCGCGACCACGAGGCCGAGCAGGGCCGCCUGUCACAGGAGCUGAGUGCUCGGGAGCAGAGCCUGGAGCAGGCACAGCUGGAGCUGGCAUGGGCCAGAGCGGAGCUGCAGCGAGCGUGGCGCGAGGGCAACAUCAGCCAACUGGAGCUGGAGAGCCGGAACACCGAGCUGGAGCACGUCAGGGGGGUCCUGGUCAAGACAGAGAAGGAGAUGCAGGAGGUGCAGGGGAAGCUCAACAACAGCGAGAGCACUGUGAGCAGCCUGUACGCCUGUGUGAAUACAGACUGCUGCCCCUCAGGCUGGGUGCUCUACAGGAGCAAGUGUCUCUUCAUCUCUGUGCAGAAGAUGAGCUGGCAGAACAGCAUAAAUGACUGCAAACAGAAAUCCGCUCAACUGCUGAUCCCAGAUGACUGGUUACAACUGACAGUGCCGCAUUUUGUGCAGGAGUCUGGUGAAUGGUACUGGAUUGGAUCAAGCACUUUUUAUGACACAAAGGGGGCUUCUAAAUGGCAGGACAGAAGUCAAACUUCGAGAACAUUCUGCAUGGCAAUACUAAAUGGAAAAGACAUGAAGUUUGUGCCAUGCUGGAGUCACUUUCAUUGGAUCUGUGAGAAAUCCCCAAAGCUGAGCAGCAUAUCUGAGACCCAACCUCCUCUCCUGGCCAAGGUGUGA